AUGACAACAAGUAAUAAUAAUAAUAAUAACAAUAAUAAUAAUAAAAAUAAAAUUCAUAAAAAUAUUAAAUGUACAAUACAUUCAAAUAAAAAAAUAAAACUUUUAUGUUUAGAUUGUAAUUUAAUGCCAUGUUGUAUUGACUGUAUUGCAGAUGGUGAACAUAAUACACAUAAAUAUAGAAAGUUAGAAUCAAAAGAUCUUUCAUUAAUUGAUAAUAAUUUAAAAAAUAAUGUAUAUCCAAAAAUAAAAGAAACAAUUGAAAAUAAUAAAAUAAUAUUAAAAGAAUCAAAUAAAAAAUUCAAUGAAAUUCAAUCACAAUUUUAUAAUAAUAAUAAUUUUAUAAAAAAUGAAAUUAAUAAAAUUCAAAAUAUAAUUUCAAAUUUUAAAAGUGAUAUUGAAAAACAAUCAAAAGAAAUAUAUAAUAAUAAUAUAAUAAUAAAUACAACAAUAACAUCAUCAAUAAAACAAGAUAAUCAAAUACUCACAAACAUUGAAAAUAAUAAUAAUGAAUCCAACCCAAAUGAUAUAAAUGAAAUAAUUAAACAAUUUCAACAAUCAUUAAUAAUAUUAAAUAACAACAAUUCAAAUAAAUUAAAAGAAUACGAUUGUAAAAUGGUUCAAUUCGAUCAUUCAACAAUUGAUCUUAUUAAAAAUUAUUUAAAAUUAAUUUAUUCUAUAAAAGAUAAUUGUAAUAAUCAAUUUUAUUACGAUGAAGAUUUUCAAUUUAUAUGUGAACCAGAAGGUAAUAAUGAGCCGGUCGAACAACAACAACAACAACAACAACAACAACAACAACAACAACAACAACAACAACAACAACAACAACAACAACAACAACAACAACAACUGCAACAACAACAACAACAACCAACACCAAUUUCACCAACAACAACAACAACAACAGCAACAACAACAACAACAACAGCAACAGCAACUACAACAUCAACAUCACCAAAUAAUAAAAAAAGAAAGAAUCCAGAUUCUGAUGAUUAUGAUGGUAGUGAUGGUUAUGAUGGUCAUGAUUCUGAUGAUGGUCAUGAUUCUGAUGAUGACUCUGAUGAUGAUGAUAAUAAUAAUGAUAAAAAUGAUGACAAUAAUAAUAAUAAUAAUAAAAAUAAAAAUGGACCGAAUAAAAAAUAUAGACCACGUGUAUUAAGUAAAAUAACAAGUAAUGUUAAAACGUUGCAUAUACAUUGUUUAAGACAAGAAUUAGAGAUUGGUUGUAUACCUAAUACUAUUGAAACCAUCUUUUUAAAAGGUGGAUACAAUCAAAGAUUACUCACUGGUAUAAUACCAGAAGGUGUUAAAAAGUUACAAUUUGGUAGAAUGAAUCAAGAAUUAAUUAUUGGAUCAAUUCCUAAAUCAGUGACGUGUGUAGCUUUAAAAGGUGGAUUCAGUCAAAAAUUAACACCAGGUUUAAUACCAGAAACUGUACUAGACUUUAAAAUUGGUGAUACCAAUCAAGUUUUAAUGGUUGGAUCAAUUCCAAAUAGUGUAAAGAGACUCUAUCUAUUCCGUAAAUUCAACCGAAAAUUAAGACCUGGUAUAAUUCCAAAAGGUGUUACAGAGUUGUAUUUAGGUAAUAAGAAUGAUGUAUUAAAGGUUGGUUCAAUUCCAAAUACUGUAAAGACUAUCUAUUUAGAGAAGGAUUUCAACCAAAAGUUAAUACCUGGCAUAUUACCAAACGAUGGUUUUAAAGAACUACAUAUUGGUCCCAUAGAAUUAAAAGUAUUAGAGAUUGGUUCAAUUCCUAAAACUGUAAAGAGGGUCUAUUUGAAUAGUAAAUAUCCACAAAAAUUUAAACCAGGUAUAUUACCAGAAGGUGUUCAAGAAUUACAUUUAAGCGGAAAGAAUCAACCCUUAAUGAUUGGUUCCAUUCCAAAAACUCUAAAGAGUAUUUAUUUGGAAAAAGGAUUCAAACAAGCAUUACCACCUGGUAUAAUAACUGAAGGUGUAGAAAACCUAUAUUUACGUUCUAUAGGUAAGGUUCAAAUUGGUUCAAUUCCUAAUACUGUAACAAGUGUCCAUAUAUUGAAAGAGUUUAAUCAAACAUUAAAACCUGGUGUUUUACCAAUAAGCGUUAAACAUUUACAUCUAUAUGAUUUCAAAUCAACAUUAACUAUUCAUUCAAUUCCUAAUACUGUGGAUAAUGUAUAUUUAAAUGAUGGAUUCAGUCAAAAAAUAAUGCCUGGUAUAUUACCAAUAGGUGUUAAAUCUUUACAUUUAGGUGAUAUAAAAAAAGAAAUAACCAUCGAAUCAAUCCCCUUCACUUUAGAGACUAUAAAUAUAUAUAGAGGUUUUAAACAUCCAAUUGAACCAUUCAUUUCAAAAAAUAUAAAAAUUGUCAAUCACUUAAAGAGACUUAACUAA